AUGAACGCCAAGAAGAAAGGGAGCCCCGCGCGGACUCAUUCCAUGAUGUCUCUGUCAGUGCGGCCGCAGCGCCGCCUGCUCAGUGCCCGAGUCAAUAGGAGCCAGUCCUUCGCAGGCGUCCUCGGCAGCCACGAGCGGGGGCCCAGGAGCUUCCCGGCCUUCAGCCCCCCGAGGCCCCCACGGAAGCCCCUAGCGCUCUCGCGUGUAUCUAGGAUGUUUUCCGUGGCACACCCAGCCCCCAAGGUGCCGCAGCCUGAGCGGCUGGACCAAGUGUAUGCUGCGCUGAAGCGGGGUCUGAAAGCCUACUUGGAAGUGCAUCAACAGGAGCAGGAGAAACUCCAACGGCAAAUAAAGGAAUCCAAGAGGAAUUCCCGACUGGGCUUCCUGUAUGACUUAGACAAGCAAGUCAAGUCCAUUGAACGCUUCUUGCGACGGCUGGAGUUCCAUGCCAGCAAGAUUGACGAGCUAUACGAGGCAUACUGUGUCCAGCGGCGUCUCCGGGAUGGGGCCUCCAACAUGGUCCGUGCUUACACUACUGGGUCCCCUGGGAGCCGAGAGGCCCGGGACAGCCUGGCCGAGGCCACUCGAGGACAUCGAGAGUACACAGAGAGUAUGUGCAUGCUGGAGACUGAGCUGGAAGCACAACUGGGCGAGUUCCAUCUCCGGAUGAAAGGGCUGGCCGGGUUCGCCAGACUGUGCGUGGGAGAUCAGUACGAGAUCUGCAUGAAGUACGGGCGUCAGCGCUGGAAACUACGGGGCCGCAUUGAGGGCAGUGGGAAGCAAGUGUGGGACAGUGAGGAAACCAUCUUUCUGCCUUUGCUUACAGAAUUCCUGUCCAUCAAGGUGACAGAGCUGAAGGGUCUGGCCAACCACGUGAUUGUGGGCAGUGUCUCCUGUGAGACCAAGGACCUGUUUGCUGCCCUGCCGCAGGUCGUGGCUGUGGACAUCAAUGACCUCGGCACCAUUAAGCUCAGCCUGGAAGUCACAUGGAGCCCCUUCGACAAGGAUGACCAGCCCUCGGCCGCUUCCAGCGUUAACAAGGCCUCCACAGUCACCAAACGCUUUUCCACCUAUAGCCAGAGCCCACCAGACACGCCCUCGCUGCGGGAGCAGGCCUUCUAUAAUAUGCUGCGAAGACAGGAGGAGCUGGAGAAUGGGACAGCAUGGUCCCUGUCAUCUGAAUCUUCGGAUGACUCUUCCAGCCCACAGCUCUCAGGCACUGCCCGCCACUCUUCAGCCCCCAGGCCCCUAGUGCAGCAACCUGAGCCCCUACCCAUCCAAGUCGCCUUCUGUAGGCCUGAGACCCCUACCUCUGGGUUCAUGAAUGAGGAGGGGGCUGUGGCCCCAGCCUUGGCCAAUGGGCACGCCCCCUACAGCCGGACGUUGAGCCACAUCAGCGAGGCCAGUGUGGACGCUGCCUUGGUGGAGGCUUCAGCGGAGGCUGUGGGCCUGGAAAGCCUCGGUCGGGUACCAAAACCACCUACACAUCCAGAUCUCACGCAUGAGGAGUACCCUGGUCCUGUCUCUCCUGCCCUUGCUACGCUGGAUCCCGGUCAUUCUGCUACAAGCCCAGCCCUUAGUACAGUAGGCUCUGCUCACACAUCUGCAGACCCUGCCCCAUUUGAACGAGUAGAGUUAGUUCACAAGGCCACAGACUGUGGUUCUGACCUGCCAAGCCCUACCCACACCAGUCAUAAUGCCAUAAGCUCUACCCACAGUGCUGUAAGCCUUGCCUGUACCACCACAGGAUCUGCCCCCACGCCCGUGACCACCGCAGGCCUCAAACACACUGUCACAAGCCCUACCUGCAAGCCAGUGCUCUCUGCUUUCACAGCUACAGGCCCUACCACCAAUACUGCAGACCCUAUCACUAGCACUACAGGCCCAGCUCAGACCACCACAAGCCCCACUCAGACUACAGCAAGUUCUACUCACACUACCACAAAUGCCACCCGUACCACCACCAGCCCCACCCACACCACUGCCAGCCCUACCCAUACUACCACCAGUCCCACCCACACCCACACCACUGCCAGCCCCAUCCAUGUUGCCCUAAACCCUACUCACAUCCAGACCACCACGAGCCCUACCCUGAAAACUAUAAGCUCUUCCACUUCUCUAGGUCUUGUUUCUCUCUCCUGCCUCCCUGUGCACACAGACCCAACCCUCCUAGGUACCAACUCCCUACCCUGUGGCCACCUAGCCACCGUCCCCUGCACUCAGGCAGACCCCAUAGCCCUCAGCACCGCCCCCAGUCCUACCUGCACUGGUUGGGAACCCCUCACGAGCCCUACCCCAGGGCCCAGCCUUCAGAGCCCAAGCCCCCCUCCCUCACCCUUAGCCCCUGCACCCCAGCGUUCAGAUCUUAGCCUGGCCAUGGCUGCCCAAGCCCUAGUCCCAGAGGCAGCUUCAGAGGCGGGGGACAGGAGGCUGGAAGAGGCGCUGGGGGCUCUAAUGGCAGCCCUUGAUGACUACCGUGGCCAGUUCCCCGAGCUACAAGGCCUGGAGCAGGAGGUGACCCGGCUGGAGAGUCUGCUUAUGCAGAGGCAAGGCCUGACUCGCAGCCGGGCCUCCAGUCUUAGUAUCACCGUGGAGCAUGUCCUGGAGAGCUUCAGCUUUCUCAACGAGGAUGAAGACGAAGACACUAAUGGUCCUGGGGACAGGCCUUCAAGCAGCCCGGAACCUGGGGCUGAGGACAGCCUGGACUCACCCAGUGCCCACCCCCUCAGCACCGGAUGUCCAGCUCUGGAUAUCGCUCUGGUCCAUCACCUGUACCACUGCAGUCGCCUCCUGCUGAAACUGGGCACAUUUGGGCCCCUGCGCUGUCAGGAGGCAUGGGCCCUGGAACGGCUGCUUCGGGAGGCACAUGUGCUUGAGGCAGUGUGUGAGCUCAGUGGGAAAUGGAAGCUCCCUGCCACCUCUGCCCAGGAAGUGGUGCAAUUCUCAGCCUCUCGGCCUGGCUUCCUCACCUUCUGGGACCAGUGCACAGAGGGACUCAGCCCUUUCAUCUGCCCUGUGGAGCGGGUGCUCCUCACCUUCUGCAACCAGUAUGGUGCCCGCCUCUCUCUGCGCCAGUCAGGCUUAGCAGAGGCUGUGUGUGUCAAGUUCCUGGAGGAAGCCCUGGGGCAGAAACUGCCCAGGAGGCCCAAGCCAGGCCCUAGGGAGCAGCUCACCAUCUUCCAGUUUUGGAGUUAUGUCGAAACCUUGGACGAGCCCUCCAUGGAGUCCUACGUGACGGAGACUGCCGAGGAAGUAUUACUCGUGCGGAACCUGAACUCGGAUGACCAAGCUGUGGUGCUGAAGGCCUUGAGGUUGGCGCCCGAGGGGCGGCUGCAUAAGGAUGGGCUGCGAGCCCUCAGCUUCCUGCUAGUCCAUGGCAACAGCAAGGUCAUGGCUGCUGUCAGCACUCAGCUCCGGAGCCUGUCACUGGGUCCUGCCUUCCGAGAAAGGGCCCUCCUGUGCUUCCUGGACCAGCUUGAAGAUGAGGAUGUACAGACGCGAGUGGCUGGCUGCCUGGCCCUGGGCUGCAUCAAGGCACCCGAGGGCAUUGAGCCUAUGGUGUACCUGUGCCAAACGGACACAGAGGCUGUGCGGGAAGCUGCCCGGCAGAGCCUGCAACAGUGUGGGGAAGAGGGACAGUCUGCCCAUCGACGGCUGGAGGAGUCGCUGGAUGCCCUGCCCCGCAUCUUCGGGCCUGGCAGCAUGGCCAGCACAGCAUUCUAACUGCCCCCAGGCUCUCAGAGCCCUGGCCCCGGCCCCUACUUUCAGGGCUUACCAGGCACUGGCAGGGAGGGUGAAGGCUGGCUCUGGACACCCCUCCCCCACAGAUUCCUUUCGAUGAAAAUCUAAUAUAUUCUGUUUCCCUUGGGGUUAGUAGAGUCAGUGCCUGCAGUCAAGUGCCUCCCAGACCAGGCUCAGCACACCCCUUGCCUGAAUCAGUAUUCAGGGCCUAGCCACCCCGCCUCUGCUCCUGCAUCCCUUGGUUUUGUAUAUUAUUUACAGUUUUACAGAAAAUAAUAAUAAUAAAAAAGCCAAUGUCUUUCCUA